CUUCUGAAACCUUCAUUCAUCACUAGCUCUGGCUGCAAGAUAUAUUAGGAAGCACUGUAUAUUAAAGGCAGCUGCUGCUGUGUUUCCUCCUCACCUUCAUAGAGCAUAGAAGAAACUAUUCAAUAUUGAUCUUUAAUACCAAGACCUUAGUUCAUCUCAUUAUAAAAAUUGCCAGAGGAAAGAGUGGAACUAGGUGGUGAGAAGGCCAAAGGAAGAAAUGGGGGAGAUAUGAAAAUGAAAGCACUGUAAUUUUACUUCAGAAAAAUUGACAGCUCUUCUUUGAGUGAUGUCCCUAUGGGUGCUCCACUGUCAUGCGGCAGCACCCUCUGCGCCUCGGAUUGGAGAUGUUAAUCAGCAAAACCCACCGGACUGAACAUGCGCACUUUCCCCCUCUCGCACUGUGAGCAGGACGUAUAUGUGGCACUGUGCGGUAUGACUGCUCCCCAGUUCCUUCUCUACUGCCUUUGAACUGGGACAGAAUCCGCAGCAGAGCCACCACAGUGUAUUCACUAUCUGGGAGAGGGACAUGUUCCACAAAAGUGUUCUCACUGCCAUGGCUUGACUGCUAGGGCCAGAAAAGACCAGGAUGUUUGGUUGUGACUUCUCCUCAUGGAGAAAUCACUGCAUCCAGCAUCAACCCAGGCCUGGACUCUCCCCCUGGGCAGCUUUCACCCUCGGCCAGGUCAUCUGCUGAUCACUGAAGUCCCAUAAGAGAAAGUUGUCCCCCUCUCACUCUGAUGAGAAGAAAUGGGCUCCCUCCUCAUAUUCUGAGGCACAGCUUCCCCUUCCCUCCCCCCAGAAUACCAUCCCCUUUGAGGUCAGUUGCCUCAACAUCCUCUGACAGGGGACAUAGCUCCAGGGCCCAUCCAAGUACCUCUGGUACUGGCAUUAAACAUCUGUCUAAGGACCUUAACUGGGCAGACCUACAGCCAUCUGCAUGGUCUCUCGGUUCUGGAGACCGAGACAGACUGACUUUGGGAGCUAUGGCACCGACAAGACCAUCGGCACCCAUCAAGUUUUCAGCUCCACUUGCUGAUUACUCCUGCAUGUCUCCUUCGGGACCGAGUCAUGUUCCAGUACUGAUGAUGCUCCUUUCUCCACCACAGGAAUCCAGACAUCCUAAAGACCUGCUGGUAUAUGACAUACCUGCAUCACCUCUGCUUAGACACAACCUCCCCCCCACUUCCACCCUCCUCUCUGGACUCAGGACAUUCCUCCCUUUCUCCUCCAAGGACGGCACCUCCCUUCCCCAGUGAGGAGGCGGAAGACGAGGAGUGGGGCUCCAUCAUGCCCUCUUAUUUGAAUCCCGCACAAUCUUCUACUUCUACAUAUCCUCAAUAUGUGCAUUCCACACCCAGACCCAGCCGUGGUAUGGACCAGAGUGGAUGCAACUCCAUGUUCUGCUUCCCCCGCAUUGGCUCUGUUGGGAUCCCUGGGCCAUGUACACGGCACAGUUGAGGAAGCCUGUCAUGGAGCAAAGCUGGAGACCUACAUCUUUGCCUUCUCCAUCAAUCUCUUGCCCACCAGAGACUGAGCCUCCCUUGGAAUGAGGAGACAAGGUAUCAGCUACUUCAGCUGCGUCCAACACAACGGGCUUCAUGGAUUGGAUAUGCUAUUGCAUAUCAUUUGUUAAAAGAUUAUGAUAUGGCCUUAAAACUACUGGAAGAGUUUAGAAAAACUCAACAGAUUCCUCCUAAUACAAUAGAUUAUGAGUAUAGUGAACUGAUCCUGUACCAGAACCAAGUGAUGAGAGAAGCAGAUCUAUUUCAAGAGUCCUUAGAACAUAUAGAAACAUAUGAGAAGCAAAUAUGUGACAAGCUUGUUGUAGAAGAAAUCAAAGGAGAAAUGUUGUUGAAGUUGGGAAGACUAAAAGAAGCUGGUGAAAUAUACAAAGAAUUAAUUGAUCGGAAUGCAGAAAACUGGUAUUAUUAUGAAGGCUUGGAAAAGGCCCUACAACCCAGCACUUUAGAAGAGAGGCUUCAGAUUUAUGAAGAAGUUAGUAAAAGACAUCCCAGAGCAGUUUCACCUAGAAGAUUACCUUUAAACUUUGUUCCAGGUGAGACAUUUAGAGAACUAACGGAUAAGUUCCUGAGGGUUAACUUCAGUAAAGGCUGCCCACCCUUGUUUACCACUUUGAAAUCUUUAUAUUACAAUACAGAAAAGGUAGAAAUAAUUCAAGAACUUGUUACUGGUUACGAAGCCUCUCUGAAAACCUGUGACUUUUUUAGUCCAUAUGAAAAUGGAGAGAAGGAGCCCCCAACGACACUACUUUGGGUUCGUUAUUUCCUGGCACAGCACUUUGACAAACUUGGCCAGUGUUCAUUGGCCUUGGAAUACAUUAAUGCUGCAAUUGCAAGCACUCCAACAUUAAUAGAACUGUUCUAUUUAAAAGCAAAAAUUUACAAGCAUGUAGGUAAUCUCAAGGAAGCUGCCAAAUGGAUGGAUGAAGCACAGUCUUUGGAUACAGCAGAUAGAUUCAUCAACUCCAAAUGUGCAAAAUAUAUGCUUCGAGCAAAUAUGGUGAAAGAUGCAGAGGAGAUGUGUUCCAAGUUUACAAGGGAAGGAACAUCUGCUAUGGAAAAUCUAAAUGAGAUGCAGUGUAUGUGGUUCCAGACUGAAUGCGCUUCAGCUUAUCAGAGGCUAGCGAAGUAUGGUGAUGCCUUGAAAAAAUGUCAUGAAGUGGAAAGGCAUUUUUUUGAGAUAACAGAUGAUCAGUUUGACUUCCACACAUACUGCAUGAGAAAGAUGACUCUUCGGGCCUAUGUAGACCUUCUGAGACUGGAAGAUGUUCUCAGGAAACAUGCCUUCUAUUUCAAGGCUGCUCGAUCAGCAAUUGAAAUCUACUUGAAACUACAUGAUAAUCCUUUAACCAAUGAAAGCAAAGAACAAGAAGUGAAUUCAGAAAACCUUUCAGCCAAAGAACUGAAAAAAAUGCUUAGCAAGCAGAGAAGAGCACAGAAGAAAGCUAAACUUGAAGAGGAGAGAAAGCAUGCAGAAAGAGAACGACAGCAGAAAACUCAAAAGAAAAAAAGAGAUGAGGAAGAGGAGGAAACUAGUGGUCCCAAGGAAGAAUUAAUUCCUGAAAAACUGGAAAGAGUCAAAAAUCCAUUAGAGGAAGCUAUUAUGUUCCUUAUGCCACUUAAGAAUCUUGUUGCAGAUAACAUAGACACACAUCUGUUAGCAUUUGAAAUAUACUUUAGAAAAGGAAAGUUUCUGUUAAUGUUGCAGUCUGUCAAGAGAGCUUUUGCUAUCAACAAUAAUAACCCAUGGCUACAUGAAUGUUUGAUUAAAUUCUCUAAAUCUGUAUCUGAUCAUAGUAAUCUCCCAGAAAUUGUGAACAAGGUCCUAACUCAAGAAAUGCAGAAAAUCUUUGUUAACAGAGAUUUGGAAAGUUUUAAUGAAGAGUUUCUCAAAUAUAAUGCUACCUCCAUUCUGCAUCUGCUCUCAGGUGCUAAGAUGAUGUAUUUCCUGGACAAAUCAAGACAAGAGAAAGCUAUUGCUAUUGCUACUAGAUUAGAUGAAACUAUGAGAGACAAAAAUGUGAAGACUUUAACAAAGGUUUUCAAGGCACUGCUUGAUGGCAGCUUCGGAAGCUGCCACACCCAAUAUGAAGAGUAUCGGACAGCAUGUCAUAAACUGUUUCCUUUUACGUCUGCCUUUAUGCCUGCCACGAAUGAGGAUGACAGUAGCUUUGCAUCAGUGAACCAUACAGCCGUUAACCAUGAUGUGCUGUCCAAUGAAAUUUGAAGUAGUGUACAAAUAAAAUAUUUGACUAUACCUACAGACUGGUGGGAUGCAGAUCAGGUUUACUUUUCCAGGAUGCAGUUUUUAUAUCUUACAGGUAUAAAAUGAAGUAUUUGAAUGGUUACAUGAAAAAUGGAGUAUGCUAUUCGCGUGAUUUUCAUUCAAAAAGAACUGCCAAUGUUUAUGUAAACAUUAUCUCUAAUCAACCUUUGUCAUGUUUAUUCUUGUACUGUUUUAAGUCUUUUAAAAUCCCCAAAUUCAACAACAAAAUCCCCAAAUUAUGGACAUUAAAGACUGCUUUCACCUAAGUGUUGUUACAUAUAGAAGUAAGUAUAAUAAUUUCUUGGUAAUGAAGUUAUCAGUUGAGCAGAUUUUAGCAAAUUAAGACUGAAAAGUGCUGCUUGUUUCAUCUCCUCAUCUUUUUCUGUUUGUUUUGGUUUCUUUAAUUUUGGUCAUUUUGGUUUCUUUUGAAGCACAUAACUGUAAAUGUUGGCUGUUUGCAUGUUUCUUGUCAAUUCUGUGUCUUAUAUGGAACUAAUGCUGGUGGGUAUGGAGGUUUGGUUAAAUAUUGAUAAGAGUUUUCAAAAACUUUUUUUUCUUUCUACCUUUUGGUCCAUAACUAUUGUUUCCUUACGUUUUUGAAUGGUUUAACAUUUUAAAGAACAGUUGAGUACAUGUAAUUCCCUGAAAUAAUAGUGAAUAAGAUCCUGUUUAGAUACCAUUGUCUGUCUGCCUGUCUUCUUU